UUUAAUCCUCAAACACACGAAACAAAACCUUGAGGCAUAAUAAACAGUUGAGAUAAAUUCACGUAAUUUCUUCAGUGUCACCUAAUUUCGCAAAAAUGAAUUCACUACUUCUUUCUUUCCUUUUGGGUUCAGUUUCUUGCGGCCGAAUCCUGGUCAUAAUCCCCACCCCUUUCUACAGCCACCAGAGUGUCUUCCAGCCCAUAUGGGUGGAGCUCGCGAACCGUGGCCACCACGUGACUGCCAUCACCCCAAAUCCCGUCAAAAACACAUCUCUCACCAACCUCAAAGAAAUCGAUCUGGGUUUCACCUACAAGUUGGUCUACGAAGACCACAAAAUGCAACACGUCAUCAACACUGAAACCAAUCUACUCACAUUAAUGAAACACGUGUUUGUCGUCAUGAACAACAUCACCAUGGAGCAACUUCAGCAUCCACAAGUGCAAGAAUUAAUCAAAAGUGAAGAGGAAUUUGACUUGAUGAUUGUCGAAGUCCACAUUCCAGGCUGGUUCGGAUUGGCUAAAAAAUUUAAGUGUCCGGUGAUUGGUGUAACGUCAAUGGAAGCCACCAAUCAUGUGAAACGCAUGGUGGGUAAUAUGAAUCACCCUGUAUACACUCAUCAUGUCAAUUUACCGUUUGGGGAAGAGUUGAGUUUUUGGCAGCGGGUUGUUUGUGUUGUUUUUGAGUUGUUAGACGAAUUUCAAACCAGUUACUUGUUGUUUCCCAUCCAAGAGAGAAUAAUAAGAAACGCUUUGGAUGAUCCAGAAAUUAACCUCUUCGAAAUCAUCAAAAAUCUCACUUUAGUGUUCACCAGUAUCAUUCCCGGUUUUAAUAAAGUGACAACAAAUCUGCCUUCGAUAAUACAACUAAACGGGUUGCAAAUUAAACCACUACAAGUGUUGCCACAAGAGUUACAACAGUUCUUAGAUGAGGCAACUCAAGGUGCUAUUUAUUUCAGUUUAGGCUCAAAUGUUAAGAGUUUUUUGAUUUCUGAAGACAAAAAGAAACUCCUUUUGGAAGUUUUCAGUGAGUUGCCCUACAAAGUCGUUUGGAAAUUUGAGGAUACGGUUAGAAAUUUGCCCCAAAACGUGAAAGUGCUGACUUGGGCCCCUCAACAAGAUAUUUUAAGGCACAAAAACGUGAAACUUUUCAUCACCCAAGGUGGGAUUCAAUCAAUUGAGGAAGCGAUUCGGUUCAAGGUGCCCUUACUAGGGUUUCCAUUUUUCGGGGAUCAGUUCUAUAAUGUCAUGAGGGUUAAAUUUCUGAAGCUUGGAACGUGGCUCGAUUUGAAAACUUUGAACAAGAAGUUGCUUAAAACGUCGAUUUUGGACUGUAUCAACAAUCAAACAUAUUUAGGAAAUCUUGAAGAAAUUUCUGAUUUGCUGGAUGAUCCUCAAACAUCACUGAGCAAGGCUGUGUGGUGGGCAGAAUUUGUCUUAAGACAUCGAGGGGCGCAACAUUUACGAAGUCCUUUAGCCGACAUACCUUUUUAUCAGUAUUACCUUUUUGACGUUAUUUUUUUUCUCUUAUUUAUCGGUUUUGUAACCAUUUUUGGGGUUUCAAAACUGAUGCGGUUUAAAGUGAGUCAUAAGAAGCUCAAAGUACAAUAAAUGUUGAUUAAAUUAA